GAUUCCCACUAACGGUCAACUACACAAUGAAUUUGAAUUUGAAUUUGAAUUUGAAAAUGAAUGACCAUUACCUUCUCAUCUUAUAAACUUCCCUUAUCAGACAUACCAAACUAACCAAAAACUAUCACUCAAAAACCUUGAAACUCCAUUUUCUUUCACUACAAUGGCCACCGCUACAGCAUCCGAUCUUCCAAUGGCUACUAACCCGAUUCCAGCUAAAAAGGGAAAGAGCAGAAAAGCCUUAAAAGAGAAAAACCCAUCAACAAAUGAAGCAAAUAUUUUGGCAGCAAAAUCAACUGAUCAAUUUGACGUACCAUCAAUUGAACCAAAAUCAGAUCUAGGAAAGGAGAAUCUUGAGAAUCUUUCUCAUUCUAGGUCAGAGAAAAGGAAAUCGAAGGCGAAAUCGAAGACAAAAAGAGUAGAAGUGUCUAAUGAUUUUGAAAAGGACUUGCAAGAAAUGCAAGAAAUGUUGGAGAAAUUGAAGAUUGAGAAGGAGAAAACUGAAGAAAUGUUGAAGGAAAAGGAUCAGAUUUUGAAGAAGAAAGAAGAAGAGCAACAGAAGCUUCAGCUUGAGCUCAAGAAGUUGCAGAAAAUGAAGGAGUUUAAGCCUACCAUGACUCUUCCAAUUAAUCAAUCAAACAAAGAUCCAGAGAAGAAUGAUAAGAAAAAGAAGGAAUGCCCAGAAAGGAAAAGGCCAGCUUCAGCAUAUGCAUUAUGGUGCAAAGAUCAAUGGAAUGAGAUCAAGAAAGAGAACCCAGAUGCAGAUUUCAAGGAAGUUUCAAAUUUGAUGGGAACAAAAUGGAAGAGUCUCACUCCAGAAGACAAGAAGCCAUAUGAGGAAAAAUACCAAUCUGAAAAAGAAGCUUAUUUGCAGAUUAUCAGCAAAGAAAAGCGUGAAACUGAAGCAUUGAAACUGCUGGAGGAUGAACAGAAGCAGAAAACUGCAAUGGAGUUACUUAAUCAGUACCUCGAAUUUAUGCAAGAAGCUGAUAAAGAGACCAAAAAAACAAGGAAAGAGAAGGAUCCUUUAAAACCAAAACAACCCAUGUCUGCAUACUUAAUGUACUCUAAAGAGAGGCAAUCAGAUUUGCUUGGAGAAGGAAAUAAAUUGCCUGAGGCUUCAAAGAUCAUUGGUGAAGAGUGGAAAAACAUGUCAGAAGAACAAAAAAAGCCUUAUGAAGAGAUUGCUAAGGAGAACAAGGAGAAGUACUUGCAAGAAAUGGAGAUUUACAAACAGAAGAAAGAAGAGGAAGCUGCAAGUUUGAAAAAAGAGGAGGAAGAAUUUAUGAAAAUUCAGAAAGUUGAGGCAUUGCAGCUUCUUAAAAAGAAAGAAAAGACUGAGAAUAUCAUCAAGAAAACUAAAGAGAUGAAGAAAAAGAAGACCAAGGAGGAGAAGAAUGUUGAUCCAAACAAGCCUAAAAGACCUCCAUCAUCCUUCCUUCUAUUUAGCAUGGAAGAAAGGAAGAAUUUGCACCAAGAGCGGCCUGAUGCUAACAAUUUCACCAUCAAUGCACUUAUUUCCUUGAAAUGGAAGGAACUAAAUGAAGAGGAGAAGAAAAUUUGGAAUGGCAAGGCAGCAGAAAGCAUGGAAGCGUACAAAAAGGAGAUGGAAGAAUACAACAAACAAGCUAACAAGGGAGAGGAAGCUAAGAAAGACAGCAAAUAAGACCCAUUUUAAACAACUAUGUAUGGGUUGAUGAUGUUCAAGUGACACUGUUGAACAUCUUACAUUGAGAAUUUAGAAAUAAGAACUUUGUUUCUCAAUGGUAUUAGAGUACCUUUUGAUUAUUCUAACAUAGGACUAAACUUUGAUGUAUUUGUAUUCUUCAAGUGGGUUGUUAGUUAUUUGAUCAUCUAUUGAAGUUAAUUGGUUCCUAACAUACUACCAUCAAUUAUUGGUUUUUUUUUUCAAUGUACUUAAUUAUACGAAAUGAUGUCAAAAAGAUAAUAUCA